GUGACGUCAGUGUCAGCUGGUCAAUGUUUACAUGUAGCAUUGUACCCACUUGCAUUGAAUGUUUAUAUGGGUAGGAAAUCAAAAGAAAGGACGGGGUAAUUCUAGAAGGUGAUAUCAGCUCACACUGUCUACUCUAUUCAACGUUAACAAAGCGUCAACCCAGAAGACACACAAUGGGGGGAGCGGUAAGUGCCGGGGAGGACAACGACGAGCUGAUCGACAACCUGAAGGAGGCCCAGUACAUCCGCACGGACCUGGUGGAGCAGGCCUUCCGGGCCAUCGACCGUGCCGACUACUACUUGGAGGAGUUCCGCGACAGCGCCUACAAGGACCUGGCCUGGAGGCACGGGAACAUCCACCUCUCGGCGCCCUGUAUCUACUCUGAGGUGAUGGAGGCCCUGGACCUGCAGCCGGGCCUGUCCUUCCUCAACCUGGGCAGCGGCACUGGCUACCUGAGCACCAUGGUGGGCCUCAUACUAGGUCCAUUUGGAGUGAAUCAUGGUGUGGAACUGCAUUCAGAUGUCAUUGAGUACGCUUAUCAGAAACUUGAGUUCUUCACUCUAACCAGUCACAGCUUUGACAGGUUUGAGCUUUGUGUGCCGUCGUUUGUGGUGGGGAAUUGUCUGGAGAUUGCCCCUGAGUCCAGGCAGUAUGACAGAGUUUACUGUGGAGCAGGAGUCCAGAAGGAGCACGAGGACUACAUGAAGAACCUGCUCAAAGUGGGAGGGAUUCUAGUGCUACCUCUGGAAGAAAAGCUAACCAAAAUCACUAGGACAGGUUACAACAGCUGGGAUACUAAGAAGAUUAUUGCUGUGUCCUUCGCCCCACUGGUACUGCCCAAAAACAACCAGAAUGGCAAACCUAGGGCAGUUCCUUUACCCCCCAUGUGUGAGGUGCGGAGCCUGCAGGACCUGUCCCGCAUCACCAUCCGCCACAUCCUGAAGAAGGGCCUUUCAGGGAUGUGGCCUCCGCCCAGGCACGCCGGCAGCAGAGCUGGAUCCCGUCACAAACGCAGGCGCGAGCACCGGGACUCCACCUCGCUGCUGACCAACCGCUACGUCUUCAUGACCCGCCUCAUCCCCGGCCCCAUGGACGACAACAACAACCAGUCGGGGAGCGAUGACGAGGACAAUGAGGAAGAUGAGGAGGACGAGUGCCGGGGUGUGUGCGAGCGCGUGCAGGAGGACGAGGAGGCGGCGGAGGAGGAGGAAGAGGAGGAGGAGGAAGAGGGAGGGAGGAGGGAGGGCAGCAUCCUGCUUAUGGAGACUCAGGUGAACCCGCUGAGAGAGAAGAUCCUCAGCCUGCCCCUGCCCGAGCCCCUGAAGAUGUACCUGCUCCACUACCGGGAGAAGUAAGACAGCGGGGCAGGACGUUUGCACUCGGGUGGGAACCCCCCACCCAGGUAACCCCCACACCCCCCCCCCACACCGCCUGGAAGCCACCCUAGCUCUGUUUUUGAAGUGUCCUAUCAUACGAAUCCUCUCUCACACAUGGAGCUGUGACUCUUUUGAGACCUACUGAAUGGAAACCAGACAGUUGACUGGACUGCAUUUUUAAUUCAGUGCAUUUAUGAGGAAGGCAUAUUAUAAUGACUGUCAUGGAGUGGCCUUGAUGGAGAGCGUGAGAGACCUGUUUUGAGUAUACGUCUGUUAAUAAUUAUUUUGAGUCUGAAAAUGAUGUUUGAAGUGCACUCCAUAUUCCCUUCAAGCUGGUUGAAAUCCACACAGUAAAUAAUAUAUAGAUAUAUUGCAUAUAUUCCUUCCCCCAAAUACAAAAGAAACAAGCCCUUCUUGGCCAUAUGUAUAUCAGCUUUAACCCCUCCAACUGAUUACAGGUCAGAACAUCUAGGGGCAGCUGAGAUCACACUGGACAAUGAACAUGUCAUCAUGUUGUCUAUUUUAGAACGUGUUCAGUUGUAACCAGUCGCCUCUUAUCUCAUGCUACGUCUCACUACUUCUGACAUUUCUGCUCUGACACCGACCCCCUAGGUAGCUAGGGGGUCCCCCCCUGAGGUUGGGUUCCUCUGGGUUCUUACAUAUGAGCUCAAGUGAAUUAACUACUGUUGGUUCUCUGACUCAUCAAUCUGGGGCAGCAAAACAAAAUCUGAUCUCAGUGUUUUUAUUAUUGAAUAUUCUGGAGUAGACAGGAGUUGGAACUUGUGAUAUUUGUGCCCUUUUUCAGUGGGCAACUGCUUUGUAUGAUGGCAAUGGUACUUUGAUCAUCUAAGGUAUUGUGUAACAGGGUCGUCGUAGCUCGUCUGAAGAGGGGAUGGAAUCAGGGUGUCCAAUCAACUACUUAUAUCAUACAUUAAGUUGUGUCUUUGUUUACUGGUGUAUUAUGUAGAGUAUGAUCAAAUACUUGAUAGUAACAGCAGAGGAAGGCUGGAGAUGCAAUAGAACUCUGGACUACUGACUAAUGAGUCAUUUCAUUUGACCUUAUAAAUGAAUAAUUGGUGUUUCUUGGCAUGGGGACAUGUGGGGGUAUGGCAUCUUCAGACUUAGAUCGGUUAUACAAUCUUUUUCCUUAAUUCCCCCAUUUUUCUGUUGUAUCCUCAAGACUAUAGACAGACACACAUUUUUGCCGAUUUUGCACUUUUCUUUCUUCUGUGAGAUAUUUACCUCCACAUUACUCUGUAGUUAGUUUUUGUAGGGGCCCUUAUCUCAUAUAAAAGAUAAGACAAAAGAUGGCUGGCUGGAAUCACCUUAUAUCAUUCUGAAGCAUCAGCAGCCAUGGUCACAGUGUAAAGCCAAGAUACUAAACUUAAAGUAGUUAGCGAUGAUGCAGUUCUAACACAUUUUUGGCAGGAGCUACAGUAACCAGUGGUGGAGUGAAGUUGUGUAUGGAUGCCCCCCUACCCCCUCCUUACUCUUUUGGUGCAAUCCUGUACAAAAUCUAUCUGUGCCAAAAUGUAGCCAGCACUAGAGGACUCAAACGAUGCAUUGUGAUGUCAUAUUGUAACCAUGUAUUUGAAAAUUGUCAACUCUGUCUAUUAAGAUCUUUAAUGUAUGGAGGGGUUGUCAAGGUUGUACUGAGAAGGAGAAAACAAAACAAAAAUAGUGCUGUGGAUGUCAAAUAAACUUUGAAGUGAAAUAAAA